AUGGACUCGGUUCGCGCAGGACCAUUCGGACAGUUGUUCCGUCCAGAUAAUUAUGUUUUUGGGCAGUCAGGCGCUGGUAACAACUGGGCGAAGGGUCACUACACAGAAGGUGCAGAACUUGUCGACAGCGUGCUCGAUGUAGUCAGGAAAGAGGCUGAGAGCUGUGAUUGCCUCCAGGGUUUUCAAAUGACGCAUUCUCUUGGAGGUGGCACUGGUUCUGGCAUGGGCACUCUGCUGAUUUCGAAGAUUCGUGAAGAGUAUCCUGAUCGAAUCAUGAACACUUUUUCAGUGGUGCCCAGCCCGAAAGUCUCCGAUACGGUCGUCGAGCCAUACAAUGCCACCCUUUCAGUUCAUCAACUCGUCGAGAACACUGACGAGACAUUCUGCAUCGAUAAUGAGGCUUUGUAUGAUAUCUGCUUUCGCACACUAAAACUCACUACUCCAACCUAUGGUGAUCUAAAUCAUUUGGUAUCAGCCACAAUGAGUGGUGUUACCACAUGCCUUCGCUUCCCAGGACAGCUGAACGCAGAUCUCCGCAAACUAGCCGUCAAUAUGGUGCCGUUCCCACGUCUACACUUUUUCAUGCCUGGUUUCGCUCCGCUGACGUCAAGAAGCAAUCAGCAGUAUCGCGCCGUAUCGGUUUCCGAAUUAACACAACAAUGCUUCGAUGCGAAGAACAUGAUGGCGGCAUGCGAUCCACGUCAUGGCAGAUAUUUGACUGCAGCUGCAAUUUUCCGUGGCCGAAUGAGCAUGAAGGAAGUCGACGAACAGAUGCUGAACAUUCAGAACAAGAACUCUUCGUAUUUCGUUGACUGGAUUCCGAAUAACGUAAAGACUGCCGUUUGCGAUAUACCUCCGCGUGGUUUGAAAAUGUCAGCAACUUUCAUCGGUAAUUCGACUGCCAUUCAGGAACUUUUCAAGAGGAUCUCAGAGCAAUUCACUGCGAUGUUCCGCCGGAAAGCUUUCCUUCACUGGUACACUGGUGAAGGUAUGGACGAAAUGGAAUUCACUGAAGCUGAAUCGAAUAUGAACGACCUGGUUUCCGAAUACCAACAAUAUCAGGAAGCAACCGCUGACGAAGAAGCAGCAGAGACGUUCGAAGCUGAGUGA